AUGAUCGACGGUGGCGGUGGUGGUGAUAGCGAAUAUUCGUCAGCGAGUGAAACAUUUAACGAUGACAACUAUGUUGCAGAGACAACAACUAAAAUUCGAAAAUCAUUAUCACUCAAUAAAGAAAAAGUUGCACCGCUUGCUAUGAAGUGGACUUUUUGGCUCGAUUCGCAAAAAUCAAAAUUUGCAUCAAAAGACGAUUAUGAAGCCGGUCUUCAGAAGAUAUUUGCUGUUGACACGGUUCAAGAAUUUUGGAGUGUUUUUAAUAAUAUACCAACGCCAAGUCGAUUAGCAAAUCGUGUUAGUUAUCAUUUGAUGCGGCGAAGUCGAAAACCACUGUGGGAAGAUCGAGAAAAUGAAAACGGUGGUAUUUAUACAUAUCGUUGUCCAAAAGAUAAAACGAAUACUGUCUGGCAAGAAUUAUGUUUAGCUGCGAUUGGCGAGCAAUUUUCGGUAAUUGAAGGCGAUGAUGUUGUUGGCGUAAGUGUACAAUCACGAGAUGGGCCCCAAGAUCUUGUACAAAUAUGGAAUUCAAAUCCAACGGAAGAAGCGCAGAAGGCGAUUGAUGAAAAAGUUCGCGGCAUAUUUCCGGAUAUAGUUUUUCAAGUUAAAUUUUAUAAAGCAAAUUCAUCACAUGCUAAUUUCGAAGCUGGUAAUCAGCAAAAAUCAAAAUAUUCAUCAUAG